AUGAUUUCAAAAUUUAUUUCCGUAACAAUAUUAUUUUAUUAUCUAGAAAAAGUAUCAGCACCACCCAAUAAAACCAAAUCAACUUUCCAAAAUGCCUACAAACGAGAAGGAAUUGGAAUGUUUCUUCCUUUACUGGCAAAAAUUGGAAGACUUGAAUUACUUAUGACAUACGGAUUUUAUGUUUAUCUAAUGUAUCAACAAGAAUAUAGUGGAAAGUCGGAAUAUACUAAUAAUGAUUUACCAAGAUUAUCAGAAUGGGAUAGUACAUAUAUUGUAGUCAUUAUAUCGGAAAUUAUUGGAAUAACAUUAAGAUUAUGGUGUUAUAAAACUCUUGAUGAAUUUUUUACUUUUGAUCUUACUAUUCAAAAGGAUCAUAAAUUAAUUACUCGUGAAUAUAGUGGAAAGCCGGAAUAUACUAGUAAUAAUUUACCAAGAUUAUCAGAAUGGGAUAAUAUAUUUAUUGUAGUUUCUAUAUUGAAAAUUAUUGGAAUUGCAUUAAGAUUAUGGUGUUAUAAAACUCUUGAUGAAUUUUUUACUUUUGAUGUUACUAUUCAAAAGGAUCAUAAAUUAAUUACUCAUGCCUCUCAACUUCCAUCAUUUAUUAAAUUAUAUGAAUCAUCAUUAUCACCAAUAACUUAUUCAAUAUUUUCAUUCUCAAUAUUAAUGUGUGUGUCAUCCUUUAUCAAUCGUGUCUAA